UGCUGUGUUCUUCCAGCCUCACAUUUUAUUAUCUUGGAAUUCUCCAGCAUCUGCAGUUCCCAUUAUCUCUCACUCAAAUAUAUUACCUCACUUACUCACCAGUCCCGUGUCCGCUCCUGCUCAGCGUGCGCUCCACCUAUUCACAAGAGGAAGGUAACACAUAAGAGGCAGCAGAAUAAACUAGGGGAGAACAGCACCCCUGUGUGUGUUAACUUGCAUGGAGAUGAUAGUGCUGACCAUCAUUGGAAGAGGUGAUACUGAGGCUGCAGCCAUUGGGAGCACUGACUCCGGCUUUGCCUUCCGACCCACUCCCAGAGGAUUUGGCAUCUAGGUGACCACCCCAUCGCUGAAACAACGGAAAGGCCGCAGUCACACAAGCAAGUAUUUACCAUCUCAGAGAAAAUUGUUGCAGGCAACCUUGUACAAUAUAAUUGGCAGAAAACACUCGGGAAUUAUAUAGCCAUCACUGGAUCUGACCAUAUGGUGAAAAUCUUUGAUCGACAUGGACAUAAAAGGAAUGAAAUUAACUUGCCAGGGGUUUGUGUUUCUAUGGACUGGGAUAAAGACGGAGAUGCCUUGGCUGUGAUUUCUGAUAAAUCAAAUGCCAUUUACUUAUGGGAUGCAAACACACACAAAACCACACAGGUGGACAGUGGAAUGAGGGACCAGAUGUCAUUUCUGAUGUGGUCAAAAGCAGGAUCGUUGCUUGCUGUUGGAACAACCAAAGGAAAUCUGCUUGUCUAUAGCUUACAGACCUCUCGCAAAGUUCCAGUCCUCGGGAAACACACAAAACGGAUUACUUGUGGUUGCUGGAGUACCCAGAAUCUGCUUGCAUUGGGUAGCGAAGACAAGACGAUCACUGUCAGCAACCAAGAGGGAGAUACCAUCCGACAAACCACAGUGAGAGCAGAACCAAGUGACAUACAGUUCUCAAUGAUGAAGACAGAUGAACGUGCACCAGCUGGAGAAAGCACAGUAAGUGCAAUUGUUGGCAAGAAAACUCUAUUCCUGUUUAAUUUGAGCGAUCCUGAUAAUCCUAUUGAGUUGGCAUUCCAGCAACGCUACGGCAGCAUCAUUUCUUAUAGAUGGUAUGGCGAUGGGUACAUUAUGAUUGGGUUUUCUCAGGGCUACUUCGUAGUAAUUUCUACACAUAUUCGUGAGAUUGGUCAGGAACUGUUCCAAGCUCACAACCAUAAGGACAAUUUGACAAGUAUUGCCAUCUCUCAGUCUCUGAACAAAGCUGCUUCUUGUGGAGACAAUUGCAUCAAGAUCCAUGAUCUGUCAGAGCUGAAAGAGAUGUAUGCUAUUAUAAACUUGGAUGAUGAAACUAAAGGUCUGGAUCGGCUGUCUUGGACAGAUGAUGGACAGUUGCUUGCUGUAUCUACACUGCGUGGAACUUUGCAUGUUUUCCUUACAAAACUUCCAGUUCUCGGAAACACGUGUGGAACUCGCAUAGCUUUUCUAACUUCUCUGCUGGAGGUCACCGUGACUAAUCAUGUUGAGGAAGAACCACAAAUCGCAGUUUCUGUUGAAGUAGAACCCAACUUUAUCGCUGUUGGCCCAUAUCAUGUUGCUGUUGGAAUGAAUAAUCGAGCCUGGUUUUAUGCCCUUGGAGAAAAUCGAGUGGAGAAGCUAAAAGAUGUGGAGUAUCUGGGCACGGUGACUAGUAUGUGCUUAAAUUCUGAUUAUGCAGCAGUGCUUUUUGAGGGAAGAGUUCAGCUACACAUGAUUGAAAUGGAAGGCAUUGAAGCUCAGGAGGAAAGGGAAACUCGUCUUUUUCCAGGACAUGAUGACAAAUAUCGAGUUAUGUGCCAUGCACUUACUGCUGAUUUCUUAGUCUAUGGAACAGAUACAGGGAUUAUCCAAUAUUUCUAUAUUGAGGAUUGGCAGUAUGUGAAUGAAUAUCGCCAUUCAGUCAGUGUCCGUAAAGUUUUCCCAGAUCCAAGCGGGACUAGAAUGGCAUUCAUUGAUGACAAGAGCGAUGGGUUUGUUUACUGCCCUGUGACUGAUACUAUAUAUGAGAUCCCAAACUUUCCCACUACUGUUAGAAGCAUUCUCUGGGAACAGUUUCCAAUGGACAAAGGAGUCUUUAUUGCUUAUGAUGAUGACAAGGUGUAUACCUACGUUUUUCACAAGGAUACAAUUCAAGGUUCUAAAGUCAUACUGGCAGGUGCUACUAAACUUCCUUUUUCUCAUAAACCACUAUUGUUGUAUAAUGGAGAGUUAACAUGUCAGACACAGAGCGGGAAAAUCAACACUAUUCUUUUAAGCACACAUUCUUUCCUUGCUGGAUUGAAGGACCUUGGACCGAAUGAUCUUCAGCCAAUGUUGACCCAGUGUUUAAUGAUGAAAAGGUUUAGUGAAGCCUGGGAUGUGUGCAAAUUACUUAGUGAUCCUUUAGCAUGGACUGAGCUUGCUCGUGCUUGCCUCCAUCACAUGGAAGUAGAAUUUGCAAUCCGUGUUUAUCGAAUGAUUGGAAAUGUCGGAAUGGUAAUUUCACUGGAGCAGAUCAAGGGAAUAGAAGACCACAGCCUACUAGCUGGACAUCUUGCUAUGUUCACAAAUGAUUUCAAUUUGGCUCAGGAUCUCUAUCUGGCCUCCAGCUGCCCAAUUGCUGCACUAGAGAUGAGGAGGGAUCUACAGCAUUGGGACAGUGCUCUACAAUUAGCUAAGCGGCUAGCUCCUGAUCAGAUCGCAUUUAUCUCCAAAGAAUAUGCUAUUCAACUCGAGUUCACGGGAGACUAUGUGAAUGCAUUGGCACAUUAUGAGAAAGGUGUGACUGGAGACAAUAAGUAUCUUGACCAUGAUGAUGCAUGUUUAGCUGGAAUAGCAAGGAUGUCAAUACGAAUGGGUGAUAUUCGACGUGGUGUCAACCAGGCAAUCAGACACACCAGUAGAGUUCUGAAGAAAGACUGUGGUGUUAUUCUAGAGAGUAUGAAGCAAUUCUCUGAGGCUGCUCAGUUAUAUGAGAAAGGACUGUAUUAUGACAAAGCAGCAUCUGUUUACAUCCGUUGUAAAAAUUGGGCAAAAGUUGGAGAGCUUCUCCCUCAUGUAACAUCUCCCAAGAUACAUCUACAGUAUGCAAAGGCUAAAGAAGCUGAUGGCAGAUAUAAGGAAGCUGCAAUGGCUUAUGAAAAUGCCAAAGACUGGGAUAAUAUGAUUCGAAUCCAGUUGGAUCAUCUCAGCAAUCCAGAAGAAGCUGUUCGCAUCAUUCGAGAAACCCAGUCAAUUGAUGGGGCCAAAAUGGUAGCCAGGUUUUUCCUGCAUCUCGGUGACUAUGGCUCUGCCAUCCAGUUCCUGGUGAUGUCUAAGUGUAAUGAUGAAGCAUUUCAGCUCGCCCAGCAACAUAAUCAAAUGGAAGUCUAUGCUGAUAUAAUUGGUUCUGAUGCCAAUAAUGAAGACUAUCAGAGUAUCGCACUCUACUUUGAAGGCGAAAAGAAACAUUUCUUGGCUGGAAAAUUCUUCAUGCUUUGCAGCCAGUAUACCCGAGCAUUGAAGCACUUCUUGAAAUGUCCGGUAUCUGAAGAUGGCCAAGCUAUCGAGAUGGCUAUUGAAGCGGUUGGACAAGCCAAAGAUGACAUGCUAACUAGUCAGCUCAUUGAUUACCUAAUGGGCGAGAGCGAUGGAAUGCCUAAGGAUGCAAAGUAUCUUUUCCGACUGUAUAUGGCAUUGAAGCAAUAUCGAGAAGCAGCCAGAACAGCCAUAAUAAUCGCUAGAGAAGAGCAAUCUGCAGGAAACUACAGAAAUGCGCAUGAUGUGUUAUUUAGUAUGUACACAGAGCUCAAGGCGCACAAAAUCAAAAUCCCCUCAGAAAUGGUGACAAACCUUAUGAUUCUACACAGCUACAUUCUGGUAAAGACUCAUGUGAAGCGUGGAGACCACAUGAAAGGAGCAAGGAUGCUUAUCCGAGUUGCAAAUAAUAUCAGCAAGUUUCCAUCUCACAUUGUACCCAUUCUAACAUCAACAGUAAUUGAAUGUCACCGAGCAGGGUUGAGGAACUCUGCCUUUAGUUUUGCUGCUAUGCUGAUGAGACCGGAGUACAGAAACAAUAUUGAUCCAAAGUACAAGAAGAAGAUAGAAGCUAUGGUUAGGCGUCCUGACCAAUCAGAAGUGGAAGAGUUUACGUCACCUUGUCCAUACUGUGCUUUUCAGUUGCCAGAAUGUGAGCUGCUCUGUUCAGGUUGUAAAAACAAUCUGCCUUACUGCAUUGUUACUGGCCGCCACAUGGUGAAGGAUGACUGGACAGUUUGCCCCCAUUGCGACUUCCCUGGUUUAUACUCCGAGUUCAAAGUCCUACUAGCUACCGAGAAAGCUUGUCCUAUGUGCUCAGAAAAACUGAGUGUGGAGCAGAUGUCGCUCGUUGAGCCAACACCAUAUCUACUACAAGAUGAGGCAGAGUAAAGAGAAACGCUGGACAUCUAAGGACAAGAUCCAACAUCUGAAACCAUUGUUGAAAGCCCCAGGAGUUCUUCAGUGUACAUGCACAUCUGAAACAUUUUUCUUUUUGAAUAUAUUUAUGGUGAAAAUUGUAAAUACAUUUCUUGAAGAAAUCCAUUUACGCUUAUAAUGAAUUAAAAUUCAGUGACUACUAUUUAAUAAGAGAAUUUUUUUUUAAAAACUAUGCUGAUGGUAAUUGAGCAUCCCAAAGUUAGCUUUCACAAUCUCACUGGAUACAGUCUUUCCAACAUUCACGAACAGCGCUUUGAACACCUUUAUGAACUCCACGCCACACUUGUUUUUAAAAUUAAUAUUUUUCUAAUCAAGCUGUUCAGAGAUGCUAUUACACACCUCUGGAGCAGGUGGGACUUGAACCCAGGUCUUGUGGCUCAAAAUAUACCGAGGGAGGAAAAAAAACUAUAAUUCAGUCACUUUUGGAAACCUGUCUUUUUAAGGAAUGCAUCAAAUAAAUAAGAUGCAAGCUGCAUUACCACUGCAGUAACUAACAGGCCUGACAAUUGAAUCCUAGCUAAUCAAGCUCAUUUAAGAAAUAGAUUUAAAAAUAUAAUGUUUUAAAGUUCUAAGAUCUUCCAGACCAUGGGCACAACUUGACAACAUUCAGAGCAAAGGAUGAGAGAUUAAUGGGAUGGCAAGAGCAUAGUAGCAAUGUGAUUGCUCUAGCAAUCCACCAACCAUCCCCAUUUAAAUCAUAAUAUUUCUGGUCUUCAACAUUCAUUUACAACUCUAGGAUUAAUAGAACCUUACUGAAUUAGUGAAAUUCUGACAAUUUCCUGGUGGAUUGUUUUGGAUUUUUUGUGGCAUGGCUGGGGAGCAGUAGCAGUGUGUAGAAUUUUCUCCUUACCUACUAGGUGAACAAAAACCCAUUGUGCAGGAGUACCAUUAAUAUAUUUCAUUUCCCAUUACUAGAGCUAAAGUCAGGCUGGGGUUAUCUGAAUAUUCACAACUACACCAAUUGAGUAUAAAAUAGAGAAAGACAUGAUUGCAUCUACAUAGCUUGAGUCCUAGCUGAUCCCAGUUUUGCCCUUUUGCAAAUGAGUUUAAAUUCUUAAGUUUUAUUUAUUUCUGUUUUACAUCAUACCUUGGACUGUCUUCAGUUUUUUGGGAUUUACUAUUAAUAUUGGAAAUCUCACCAAAAUUCCUGGCUCCCACGAUGAACUCCAAAGUCUGUAAUUUCAAGUAAGAAUUC